AUGUAUAGUCCAUGUAUCUUUGAACAACUACCUAUCUUUGGUCAACAAUUUGGCCAAAGUCAAAUUCCAUUUACUAUUAGACCACAAAGACAACAACAAGCUGUUGUUAAUCGUACUACUAACAAUAAAGAUGUUAGAUUUAGUACUGUUGCUACUGAAGAAGGUCUUUUAUUGACCAUAAAGAAACCAUUAAACAAUAAAAAUGCUUACAAAUUAGAAUUACAAAAACGUGUUCUUGACAUCAAGAACAAGUAUGCUCAGAAACCUAAAUACAGUAUUGUCACUGAUGUUUGGGGUAAUCAAUAUUAUGUCGAUGUGACUGCUAAGCUUCAAGAACAAAUGGUUGAAGAAAUUAAUAAAAUUGAUAUGAGUGUCAUCUCAAGAAAAUUAGCCAAGGAAUCCUUUAGUGAUUAUGAAUUAGAAUUGAGUCACGACGGUUAUGUAUUAAAUAUUACCAGUAAGAAGGAUUCGAUUGAGAAGAAUUUAACAUUUGGUAGUGUUUCACAAGGUUUAUUUGUAAAGACAUGUACUUUAGAAGAUGAAUCGUUUGCUGUGUUAAAGAUAACAAUUGUUCUUGAUAAUAAAUCACCUGUUGUUAAUACCUCUUCACUUGUUGCUACUAAAAAUGAUGAAGACGGUUUAGAUAAAUUGAUUAAUUGGGCACGUGAGUCUGCUUUAAAGGAGAAUAAAACUAAUCAACAAAAGAAAUAUGAUCAACUUGUUGGUUGUUCUUCAAUAAAUGAUUGUAAGAAGAUUCAAAAGAAGAAGGAUCAAGAAGAACGUAAUAAGAAAGAACAACAGGAGAAGGCAAGAAGAAUUGAAAUUAAAAAACAAAAAAAAUUAGAACAGCUAAAAUUAAGAAAAGAACAUGAAUUGGCUGUACAAAAGGAAAGAGAAGUAUAUGAGACUAAAUUGGUUGAAGAACAAAGAAAGAACGUUCAAGAAAUGAUUAGACAACAAGUAAUGGCUGAAAAGCAAAAAGCUGAACAAGAGUCAAGAAGACAACAUGAAGCUGCCGUUGCCGCUGAACAAGAAGCAAGAAAGCAACGUGCAGCUGCUGCUGUCGCUGAACAAGAAGCAAGAAAGCAACGUGCAGCAGCCGUUGAAAGACAAAGGUUAGAGACAGUUGCAGAAGAAUUAGCCAAAAAACAAAAAAUAGCUGAAUUAAAUAAGCAAAAAGCCAUUGAAGAAUCAGAGCGUUUAAAGAGAGAACAAACUUUACUUAAACAACAACAAUACCAAAGACAACUUGUUGAAGAAGAACGUCAAUUGAAAGCUGCUCAACUCUUAGCUGCAUCACAAGCUACACCAGUUAUUCCAUAUACAGAUAAUGAAAGUGAUGAUGAUAUGGAUGUAGAUAGUGAAAGUGAUAAUGAUUCGACUACACUAAGAAAGCAUUCUUCACCAUUAUUAGAAGAAGUAAAUGAUGAAGAAGUUGAUAGAUAUAAUGAUUCUGUUAGUCAACGUAAACCAUCAAAUAGUGGUUAUGAACCGAUCAUUGAAGAUAUGUAA